AUGCAAAUGGAGACAAAGUCUGGCGUAGGAAUUAAUGACCAUUGGAUGAAAAGUAUGAUGGAGCCGGCCGGCAGCGACAAACAAAUACAGAACGACAAUAGAAACUCUGUGAAGCGCGAAAAAAUGGCAGAAGCUUACAACGGUCAGGACAAUAAUAUAACUUACGAGUUGAAACAGCAAGGCGAAGGGAGGUAUCGUUGUGACGUCUGUGAUCUCACCUUCGAGGGCAUGGAGUUCUUGAUGUUGCAUAAAAAGUUCCACGGGAACGACAAAGACGCGCCGGUUAUGGAGCCCGAGCCGGUCGUAAUUAAAGAGGGCCCGAAGAAGCGGAGGAAGUUCAAAUGUGACCAGUGCGAUGUGAAGGUCAACUCACAAUACCAUCUAGACAUACACCACAGCAAACACGAAGGUAACGCCUCCAAGAAAUAUAUAUGCCAAGUAUGUGAUCGGAGCUUCGUGGCCGCGCAGUUCCUGAAGAGUCACAUGCAGUCCCAUUCUUUAACAAGCACGAUAAACUGUGAAAUAUGCAACAAGAGCUUCACCGGACAAGCAUAUCUCAAACUCCACAUGCAAUUACACAACGACAUCAAGAAAUUCAAAUGUUCGAAGUGCGAUGAGAUGUUCCCGACCAAGAACUGCCUUAAAAUACACAUGAAAAAGCAUACAAAGGUCAAAAACUUCAAAUGCGACUGCUGCCACAAGUUAUUUGUAUCUAAGAUCACUAUGGAGAAGCAUCGACAGAGCCACGAGGGUCAACCGAUGGAUUGUCAUGUGAAAUGCACACAAUGCGACAGGACCAUGCAUUCGUCGUUACUGAGGACCCACAUUGCCCGAGCACAUCCGUCAAGCCACGACGAUGAUGUAAAAAGACCAUACAAAUGCUCGACUUGCGGGAAAAGUUUUAUCGUUAAAAUUAAUCUCAAUCUACAUAUAAGAAUGUGUCAUCCCGACCUCGCUGAGCCGGAGGACGAAGACGAUGAUGUCAUGACCGACAAUUCCUAA